GUUCAUAUACUGUAUAAUAAAAAGUAAUCUCAGCCAUUUGCAUAGAGAGAGAGAGAGAGAGUCUCACAAGAAAUAACAGUUAAUCAUCAAAGAUUUGAAGAAGAGAAUGAUUAAAUGAAUGAGCCACCAAGCUUUUACUCUCUCUUCGUCUCCUCCACUUAAAAACUGAACCUUCUACUCAUAUACAUAUCUUUCAUCUACAGAAACACGCACAGGAGUGCAAUCUCUCAAAAACAUUUGCUGCUCUCUCUCUACACUUCGCCAUGAACCCUGAAGACUCCUUAAGAUCUCUCUCUCUAGACUAUCUCAAUCUCCUAAUCAACGGCCAGGCAUUCAGUGACGUAACGUUCAGUGUGGAGGGGCGUUUAGUCCAUGCCCACAGGUGCAUCCUAGCUGCCAGAAGCCUCUUCUUCAGAAAAUUCUUUUGUGGGCCCGACACGCCUGCGGGCCUUGAUGCGACGGGCUCCACUAUGGGCCAUGUCGGAGGGUUAGCAUCUUCGCCGAGAGGGGGAAACCCUCAUGUUAUACCGGUGAACUCCGUGGGGUAUGAAGUUUUCCUGUUGAUUCUGCAAUUCUUGUACAGUGGACAAGUCUCUGUUGUACCCCAGAAGCACGAGCCAAGGCCUAAUUGUGGGGAUAGAGGAUGUUGGCACACACAUUGCACUGCAGCCGUUGAUCUUGCCCUUGAAACCCUCGUAGCCGCUAGAUCCUUUGGUGUGGAACAGCUCGCUUUGCUUACUCAGAAGCAAUUGGUAGAUAUGGUAGAGAAGGCCUCAAUUGAAGAUGUAAUGAAAGUUUUGUUAGCUUCAAGAAAACAAGAUAUGCACCAGUUAUGGACUACUUGUUCCCAUUUGGUGGCCAAAUCUGGCCUACCACCUGAAGUUCUAGCCAAACACCUCCCUAUUGAUGUUGUAGCCAAGAUUGAGGAGCUCCGUCUCAAAUCAACCCUCGCCCGUCGCUCCCUAAUGCCUCGUCACCACCACCACCAUGAUCUUGGUGGUGCUGCCGCAGAUCUCGAAGACCAAAAAAUACGUCGAAUGAGACGAGCCCUGGAUUCUUCUGAUGUCGAACUUGUGAAGCUUAUGGUAAUGGGAGAAGGCCUUAACCUCGACGACGCAUUGGCCUUGCACUAUGCAGUUGAGAAUUGCAGCCGGGAAGUGGUAAAAACACUGCUUGAACUUGGUGCAGCUGAUGUAAACUACCCUGUCGGACCAGCAGGCAAAACCCCACUCCACAUUGCCGCCGAAAUGGUGUCACCCGAUAUGGUGGCGGUCCUCCUCGACCACCAUGCCGACCCAAAUGUCCGAACCUUGGAUGGUGUCACUCCACUUGAUGUCCUUCGAACCCUAACUUCUGAUUUUCUCUUCAAAGGGGCCGUCCCAGGACUCGCACACGUUGAACCAAACAAACUGAGGCUUUGCCUUGAGCUUGUCCAAUCUGCUGCCAUGGUAAUUUCCCGCGAGGAGGGCAAUGCAAGUGCGCCUUCUUCAGCCACUAUUUACCCUCCAAUGAGUACUGAAAAUCCUGCCUGCAGUGGCACAAGCGGCGGAAACAUGGCGAACCUUAACCUUGAUUCAAGAAUGGUAUAUCUAAAUCUUGGUGCAGCAGCCCAAAUGAGAUGCAAAAUCAAUGAAGGAGACGAUAACGGCCAUAACAACCAACGAGAAGCCAUGAAUCGACAUGAUCUUUCAAUGUACCAUCACUCCAAUGAUCAUCAGUAUUAACUCAACUAUACUUCAAUUUCUCUCUCUCUCUCUCUGAAAAAUAUUUCCAUGAAAUGGGGCUAAUUAGACUAGUUUGCAAAAGUUUGAUUAAAACUCAUGGAGAUAUUUAUAGACUGAUUAUGCAGUCAUGAAUCAACACCAUUAAUUUUUGUUACCCUUUUAUGCGGUGGGAGUUCUUGAUUUUUCUAUGGUAUCGACGAAUGGAAUUUUUUGUCAAAUGGAUGGGACAAGAGGCUGAGAAUCCAAGUUUUUUCUGCUUUGAUGGAGAUGACACAGGUCAAUCGUUUCAAACUCUUUGGCCUGUCAACUCAUUUUGUUUUUAGUUUGUACCAUAAUGUAAUAAAAAUAUCCAAGACCUAUAAUUUAUUUGUCUCCCCAACCAAGCACCAAACCUUUCACAA